UGCACCCAUAUUAACAAGAUUUACUUUCUCUCUUCAAAUUGCAAGCUUUUCUUUGAACAUCAAUGGCGACUGUGGAGUUGUCUCCGGUGAGAAAUGUAAGGAGGCAGGGAACUAAGGGAAGAACAAAAAGGCUAUGGAGGAUGAAGAGUAACAUGACUUGGAAAGCAAUUAAGGAAGCAAUGGUGAAGAAACAGCUUCUUCUUCAACUAACCUGUGCAGCUUCUUCGACAACCAUGCAGCUCUCUCCGUCUCCAUUGAGAGUUCGUCAAGAGGUAGCAAUGGAGAAGAAACCCUGUCGACCCACGAAAUCUUUGGGGUACCUUCUUCAAUUACCACGCAGGGCCUCUGAUUUUAUCGACAAUAACGGUGAUCUCAUGACUCCGACCAUUUCUCCGAAGGACAAAAUUUCCACCCAGUGGCGAGAGAUUCAUGGAUUUCGUAAUUGGGAGGGUCUCCUUGAUCCUCUGCAUCCCUGGCUCCGGCGAGAAAUCGUUAAGUAUGGGGAAUUCGUUGAAGCGACAUAUGAUGCCUUCGAUUUCGACCCUUUAUCGGAGUACUGCGGAAGUUGCAGGUACAAUCGGCACAAGCUGUUCCAGGAACUCAGCCUCGCCUGCCAUGGCUACAAGGCGACCGCGUAUUUCUACGCCAUGUCCCACGUCGAUGUACCGCAUUGGUUCGAGAGAUCACACAGUAUCUGGAGCAAAGAUUCGAAUUGGAUGGGAUUCGUUGCGGUCAGCGGAGACAGAGAAACAGAGAGAAUUGGGAGGAGAGACAUUGUCGUGGCGUGGCGGGGCACAGUGGCGCCGACUGAGUGGUUGAGCGACCUCAAAACAAAACUAGAACACAUUGGCGACGACAAGAAUGUCAAAGUCGAAUGUGGAUUCCUCACAAUUUACAAAUCCAAAGGUGAACAGACUCGGUAUAACAAGCUGAGUGCAUCAGAACAGGUGAUGCAGGAAUUGGAAAGGCUUGUGAAAUUCUUCCGGGGAAGAGGAGAGGAGGUCAGCUUGACAAUCUCCGGCCACAGCCUCGGCGGUGCCCUGGCUCUUCUCAAUGCCUAUGAAGCUGCAACUUCCUUCCCAGAUGUUUCCGUCAGUGUCAUUUCCUUUGGAGCACCGAGAGUUGGAAACAUGGCCUUCAGGGAGAAGCUCGAUGAGCUCGGAGUCAAGACAUUGCGCCUAGUUGUCAAGCAGGACAUUGUACCUAAACUGCCUGGAAUUUUGUUAAACAGAAUCCUCAGGAAGCUCAAUCCCAUUACUGCAAAACUGAACUGGGUUUACAGGCAUGUCGGAACAGAGUUGAAGCUUGAUACUUUAGUGUCACCUUACCUGAAACGCGAUUCAGAUCUUUCAGGGUCUCAUAAUUUGGAGACUUACCUUCAUUUGAUAGAUGGAUUCUUCUGCAAGAAAACCAAGUUCCGGUGGAAUGCAAGGAGGGAUAUUGCAUUGGUGAAUAAGUCUAGUGAUAUGCUGAUAGAUGAGCUGAGGAUCCCUGAGUUUUGGUACCAAUUACCACAUAAAGGUCUUAUCUUGAACGGGUAUGGUAGAUGGGUUAAACCAUCCAGGGAACCCGAAGACAUUCCUUCCCCACUUGGCAUUAAAACAUCUGAUCAUGAUCAUUGUUUUUAGAUUCAUCUGUAUGGCAAAAAUUCAUCUUUAUACAUAAAAGUAGAGUGCUGCA